AUGGACAUCAAAGGCCAAAUAAAAGUCCUCGAGCAGGAUGUCUCCCACACUCCUGGAACGCAAGUCUGGUUCUCCAGCGUCCAGACUGGUACGCGCUGGUCCCUAUUCCAACGUACUUCAGAUGUUGAAUUGAUCCCGGCCCCAGCGCCUACUGUUACCAACAACAGCUCCUCCCCGAACGACCCCCUCAACUGGCCUUCCUGGAGACGCGGUGCCCUCCUUUACGCAGUUGGUAUCAACAGCUUUCUGGCUGCAGCUCUUGCUCCAAUUCUGGCAACAGGCUUUCCCUCUAUAUCGUCUUCAUUCGGCGUGGACCUGCAGAAGGUCUCCUUCACAAUUGGCAUCUACAUGCUGGGCCUCGGUUUCGGCGCACUGAUAGGGUCUCCAACCGCAAUGCUCUUCGGGAGACGCCUCGUUUAUGUUUCUGGCUCUGCUUUGCUUAUUGUUUCUUCUGCUUGGGCUGCUGCUAGUCCGUCGUAUACGAGUAUUAUUCUCGCUCGGUUCGUGCAGGGCUUCGCCGCAGCGCCCGGCGAGUUUCUCGUCUCGGUGAGUAUCUCAGAAAUCUAUACGCCUCAGGAGAGGGGGUUCAGACUGGGCAUCUAUAUGCUGCUCUUGGCUGGCGGAAAGAGUCUAUCACCCUUGAUUGGGGCGGGGGUCAUUCAACGCUUAGGGUGGCGGUGGGUGCUGUGGAUACUCACCAUUGCGUCGGGAGCCUGCUUCACCUGUUUAUUCCUUUUUGCGAGGGAGACGUACUGGGCAAGAGACUACAAGGAAGACGCCAUAACCCCCCAAAUGCCGGGCGAACUCUACACAGAGAACCUCCGCAUCUCGCCUCCGUUACGGUUCUCUCACACGCUCAGCAUAUGGAAUGGGCGUCUCUCCUCGGCUGGCUGGGUUAGCCUCACACUAAGACCCCUGGCACUUCUCAACUCCCCACCCCUCCUCUGGUCCGCCACGGUGUAUGCCCUCUCACUGGGCUGGCUCGCCGUGCUCGCCGAGACCAUAGCGCAUCUGUUUCAGUCAGUAGGCGGAUACGGGUUUACGCCGAUUCAGGCUGGUUUGCUGUAUCUCAGUCCUCUAAUAGGAACGAUCUUGGGCAGCGUUAUUGGCGGGAAAGUAUCUGAUAUCCUUGCUAAAGUCAAGGCAUACCGCAAUAACGGCGUGUACGAGCCUGAGUCCCGGCUCCUGAUGAUGAUCCCAGCAAUACUCGUGUCAACGUUGGGACUCGCCGGUUACGGCUGGAGCAUUCAGCUUCGCACUCACUGGUUCAUCCCAACACUCUGUUUUGGGGCGAUCUACUUUGGCUGUAUACUGGGGAGUACGAUUGCGGUGACGUACUGUCUAGACUGCCAUAAAGCGGAUGCGAUCGGAACACAGGUGGUCCUAAGUUUGAUGAAGAAUUGGGUCAAGGCUUGCGGACCGCGCAAUACCUUCUUGAUCAUCGCUGGGAUUCAUUCCGCCUUCCUAUCUGCGACGAUUUUUAUGUAUAUUCAUGGGAAACAGUUUCGUAUAAGGAUGGGCAAGCGAAGUUCAUAG